AUGGGAUCCUUUUUUUUGUUUUUCUUUCGUUAGUCCACAACAUAGAUGGAUCUGCCCUCCAGACAGAUCCCCCUCCCUCCCGUUCUCCUGGUAAAACAGUUCUAAACGAUUGAACUCUCAACACUGCUCAUUCACUAUUCCUACUAUCUGCAUCUCUAUUGAGAUUACGGAGUCAUCAGCAACCAAUACAGAAAAGACUAAAAGAACAUGAUGCCUCAACGAGCUAAUCUUCACAUAGCCUUAACAUUUUUACAAUUUUGUUAUGCAGGAAAUCAUAUAUUUCUGAGAAUUGCACUUGAUACAGGCGUAAGCAAGCUUAUUUUUCCUGUCCAUAGAAACAUCACCGCCUUGGUUCUUCUGGGUCCCCUCGCAUAUUUUUCAGAGAAGAAAGACAGGCCAUCAAUAACCAGAUACUGUGUGCUACACUUUUUCCUACUUGGACUUGUUGGAAUAACAAUGAAAGAAGGAUUCUACCUCUUGGGUUUGGAGAAAACAUCACCUACUUUUGCUGCUGCUAUGCAGAAUUCUGUUCCAGCACUUACCUUUCUGAUGGCUGCUCUACUCAGAUAUGAGAGUGUGCACUUCAACAGGAUUGAUGGUCUGGCUAAGGUCCUUGGAGUCCUUGCUUCUGUUGGAGGAGCUUCAAUCAUUACCCUUUACAAGGGACCUGUUAUUUAUACUCCGCGUUUAGCAUUACAUCAGGAACAAUACUUGUCUGUAUUGGGGGAUGCCACAGGAAAGAACUGGAACUUGGGUGGCAUCUAUCUCUUUGGUCACUCCUUAUGUUGGUCUGGUUGGAUUGUGAUGCAAGCAUUUGUUCUGAAAAAAUACUCAGCCCCACUCACAGUUUCUGCUUUUACAUGCUUCUUUGGUGUUGUGCAGUUUUUGACAAUUGCAGCCUUUUUUGAGACGGAUUCCAAAGCCUGGCAGUUCAAUUCUAGUGGAGAGAUCUUCAGUGCCUUGUUCUCGGGACUGGUGACUUCAGGGCUGGCAUCAGCAAUACAGAUAUGGACUAUUGGCAAAGGAGGGCCAGUGCUUGCUUCAAUUUAUCUACCUUUACAAACAUUACUUGUAUCUGUGAUGGCAUCUUUUAUUUUCGGUGAAGAAUUCUUCUUGGGAGGCAUUAUUGGAGCAUUCUUAAUUAUAUCCGGCUUGUACCUUGUUGUCUGGGGAAGAAGUCAAGAAACCAAGUAUGCCAAAGAGGUCAUAGUCCCCAUUGAGCCCAAGAAUCAUUGGGAAGAAAAAAGUGACAGUUCUUUCCUCAUCCAACGAUUGAUUACUACACAAAGCUCUUAGAAGUUAGAGGGGAAAGAAUUUAGAUGAUGGUAAAUAUGUGAAAAUCCCUUAUGGUGACCUAAUGUCCCAACAUUUCUUUGUUGCAGCGGGGUCAUUAGCUGUUUUAUUACUAAUUCUGGCAACCUCUGCUAUAGUCUACACAUAAUCAUAAUUGGGGAAUUUGAACCCCUAAACAUUUAGGUAGCAGAGUUAUUUUUUAUUUUAAUUUUUAGUUGAUUUUUUUGUAUAUUUCAAUAAAAAAAAAAUUUGGUAAAUAA